CACCAAAAGCCUUUCUCACCUAAACAUUUCACAUUUUGCAUGCUCUCCUUUCCCCCCUCUCUCAAACACUCUCCAAACUUGUGAAAACUCAAAACUUUGAGAGAUAAAAACAUCAAUCAAAAAAAACAUUUCUUCAAAGCCCACAAAUUGUUAUGGCAGUUGAAGCAACUCAUCAUACUCUUUUCCAUCCUCAAAUGUUGUUAACAAAUAACAACAUUGACAACCAAAUCAACAACAAUAAUAAUCUUAUUGGAUAUACAACCAAUAAUCCUAUGUAUGGUUUCAUCAAUGAUUCAUUGAAUCCUUUGAAAUCCGAAAGUGGUCUCACUUGUAGCCUCCCUGUGUCCCGAAAAAGACCUCGUGACAAUAAUUCUACUACUACUAAUAAUAAUAAUGUUGAUCAUCAUCAUAUGAAUCAUUUGUUCUCUUUGGUGAACUCUAGAAACAUGAAUGUUCAUAAUAACUAUUCUUUUCUUGGUGAAGAUAUUUCAUUGCAGUUGCAACAACAACAGUUAGAAAUCGACCAGUUUGUUGCCCAUCAUAAUGAGAAAAUGAGGAUAGAAGUAGAAGAAAGGAGAAAGAGGAACACACAAAGAAUAAUAUCAGCAGUUGAAGAAGGGGUAUCAAAAAGAUUAAGAGCAAAAGAAGAAGAAAUAGUCAAAAUAGCAAAAUUGAAUUGGGCAUUAGAAGAGAAAGUGAAAUCACUAUGUGUUGAGAACCAAAUUUGGAGAGAAUUGGCACAAACAAAUGAAGCAACAGCAAAUACUUUGAGAAACAAUUUGAAGCAAGUUUUGGAGCAAGUGGUUAUUAAUAAUAAUGAUGAUUACAUGUUUAAUAAAAAUGGCACAAGAUCUUCAUGUGUUGAUCAUGAGUUGGCUGAAGAUGCACAAUCUUGUUGUGAAAGUAACAACAAUGAAGAAGAAAAGUUUAACACAGAAAUUGAAAAGUCAAACAACAAUAGAUUGUGCAAGAAAUGUGGAAUGGAGGAAUCAUGUGUGUUACUACUUCCUUGUAGACAUUUGUGUCUUUGCAAAGGAUGUGCUUCUUCCGUUAACAUUUGUCCUAUUUGUAAAUCAACUAAAAACAUCAGUGUUCAUGUUAAUAUGUCCUGAUGUUUUUCUUAAUCUUUUUUUUUUUUGGUUGAGUUUUAAAGGAUAUGAUAGAUAGAGAAAUAGUUUCAAGAAAACUAACAAAUGUAGUCAUUAAAUUAUGAUUAAAUAUCUAGUUUUUUGUUAAUAUUUAAUGGUAGUGGUUAUUGUUACGCUUUA